AUGAGUGAGGUGAAGAGUGUGGGUUUUGAGUUUCUUGCACCUGUAAGUUCUUUUAUUGGCAUUGGAUUUCCAUCACUUGAAGUUCUGACAUUUAAAGAUAUGAAAGGUUGGCAGAGAUGGUCGAUUAAUAGUGGUGAUGACCAUAGGACUUCUAGAUCAUUUCCUCGUCUUCAUAAGAUCUGUAUAAGCAAAUGUCCAGAACUAGCUGAAGUGUCAAUCGGAUUGAUACCUUCACUUUGGGUUUUAGAUAUAGAAGAAUGUUCCGAAGCAGUGUUAAGAAGCAUGGUUGGUUUGUCCUCAUCGCUUGUUGAACUGAAAAUGGUGAAUGUUAAAGGACUUACUCAACUACAUGGAGACGAUUUAAUGCAUCUUGGGUCACUUGAACAUCUGUACAUUGAAAAAUGUGAUGAACUGAGAUACUUGUGGGAACGAGAAUCAGAGGCAUGCAAGAGUCUUGUGAGUUUACAGAAGUUGGAAGUAUAUGAUUGUAGUGAGUUGGUUUCAUCAGCCGAGAAAGAGGCUAAUAGUGGGAUCAGCAUGGAAUCACUUAAAUCUGUGGAAUUUCAUGACUGUGAGACAUUGGAGAGUUACAAUUGUACAAAUACUGUUGAGAGGUUGCUUAUAAGAAGUUGUAAUUCAAUGACAUCAUUGACCUUCUCAGCAUAG